CCAAAGCAGAAUCUGUUUCAUAACAAUCCGGCAGCGGCGCACGGCAACACAAGAAGCCAGCAGAGUCUCGAAGGAUUUUAUGCUGCUCGCAGCAUCUUUGUUCCUGAUACGUGCAGUGUAAAUUGAGUGUUUUUAAAAAUUUCUAGUUCAUAAGUUUAAAUUUUGUGUUAGAAUGAGUGGGCAGAUGAUGCGACUCGCCGGCAAGCGGUACAUUUCGAUCCUUAGCCGCGUAUGGUCCGGAACAAACGGAGCAGCUAAAAAUUCGGAAGAUGCCCUCCGCAAAACCCUUCAGAAUAAAUUUCCACAGGCAACGACUGUCAUGGUGAACGAUAUCUCCGGUGGUUGCGGAUCGAUGUACGAAAUCUACGUGGAAGCCGUCGAGUUCAAGGGACUGUCCACGGUGAAGCAACACCGGCUGAUAACGGAAACACUCAAAAGCGAAAUCAAAGAUAUGCACGGCCUGAGGAUACACACAGCGGUACCGGCCAGUGAGUGAAUUGGAAUGAUGCAAAAUGUAGAAAGAACCGAGUAAAUAAACGACGUACGCACUGUGAUCCCUCCUA